GAGGUGAGAUGUCAUGAGCGUCAGUGGCGACGUGGAGACGCAGAGCUAAUAGAGUCAACACAGCCACAACUUAGACUGCAAAACAAUCUUUACUGAAUAUUUACCAUUACUAUUUACAACUCAUUUACUUUUAUUCGUCUGAGAACACAUAGGCGCCUGUCUAGCGGCUUUUCUGAGGUGCUGUCAGAUCUGACGUUUAUCAGGUUUUCUUCGGCUGGAGAUGAGGCUCUGAGGAAGUCUCUGUUGGCUUCUGGGGGCGAUGGGUGCAAACACCAGUCAGGUGAGCGACCUGUCAGAGAGCCAGAGCAUCCGCACUCUGAUUGGUCCAGAUGCCAUUUCAGAGAAUGAGCCCUUUUGGAACCAGCUGAUCUCAUUCACCUUCACCAGCCCCACCUGCAGUGCUGAUGCUAAACUCCUGGAGGAGGCUGUCGUCCCGCUGGCCAAGACUCUGAUUCAGAACAACCCCAGGUCUGGGAACUUCGGGGCGUUGGUGAGAGUUUUUCUCAGCAGAACCAAAGAAUUGAAAAUUUCCACAGAAUGCCAAGAUCAGUUGUUCAUCUGGCAGGCCCAUAAUGCUUUGUUCCUGGUGCGCUGUUUGCUGAAGGUCUUCAUCAGGGAGAUGAAUGAAGAAGAGCUGCACUUACAGUUCUCCUACCAGGAGAGGGCGCCGGGAACCUACGACUCCGUCUGUGAGGAUCUUCUGGAGGAGCUGGUCUGUAAUUUGGUGCAUCUUAUCGUCGAAGUGCCGCUUCUCGACAUCACCUACAACAUCCUGUUUGAAGCUGUGACCACCCUUCUGGUGCUGUUAUCCUAUCAGCUCUUCCACAAGGAGGUUCUGAGGGAGGGCCUUAUUUACGGCUACCUGACCAGAGGACGAUGUCUGUCUCUGACGAGUCGUCUGGUGAAGACGCUGCUGUAUAACUUCAUCAGACAGGAGAAAUGUCCUCCCGCCACACACGUCUUGCAGACGCAGUCAGACGGAGGAGGCCUGCUGUACGGACUCGCAUCAGGAGUCGCCAGUGGAUUGUGGAGCGUGAUUACAUUAGGCGGAGUUGGCAGCAGGCCGGGGGCGGAGCAAGAUCAGAACCCUCUCCCGCUGUCCAAUCAGAGUCUGCUAUUACUGCUGGUUCUGGCCAAUCUGACGGACGGACCGGACUGUCCGAACCCUUACCGGCAGGCUGUUACCUGCUUUAAAAACACUCAAGAUUCCUCGUCCAUCCCGUCUCCUCAACCUCACACGUUUCAGAUCAACUUUAACAGUCUGUACACAGCGCUAUGCGAGCAGCAGAAAUCAGACCAGGUGACGUUACUGCUCUACACACUACUGCACCAGAACAGCAAUAUGAGGACGUACAUACUGUCCCGCACGGACAUGGAGAACCUGGUGUUGCCGAUUCUUGAGAUCUUGUAUCAUGUUGAGGAGAGAAACUCUCAUCAUGUGUAUAUGGCCCUCAUCAUCCUCCUCAUCCUCACAGAAGACGACACCUUCAACCGCUCCAUUCAUGAAGUGAUCUUGAAGAACAUCUCGUGGUAUACUGAGCGCGUACUAACGGAGAUCUCUCUGGGCAGCCUGUUGAUCCUGGUUGUGAUUCGAACCAUCCAGUUCAACAUGACACGGACCAGAGAUAAAUACCUCCACACGAACUGCCUGGCUGCCCUGGCCAACAUGUCGGCCCAGUUUCGUAACCUACACCAAUACGCCGCCCAAAGAAUUAUAAGUUUGUUUGCUCUGCUGUCAAAGAAGCACAAUAAAGUUCUGGAGCAGGCGACCCAGUCGUUGCGUGGGCCUCUGGGAGCAGACGACAGAACCGCUCUGCCCGACUAUGCUCAGGAUCUGAACGUCAUUGAGGAGGUGAUCAGAAUGAUGCUGGAGAUUAUAAACUCCUGUUUGAGUAAUUCGCUCCAUCACAACCCAAACCUGCUGUAUGCGCUCCUCUACAAGCGGGAACUCUUCGAGCAAUUCAGAUCACAUCCGUCCUUCCAGGAUAUCAUGCAGAACCUCGACACGGUGAUUGGAUUCUUCAGUCAGCGACUGGAGCAGGCAGGAAGUGACCUGUCUGUGGAGAGAGUUCAAGAGGUCAUCAAGAAAGGUGCGGUGGCCCUCCCUAAAGAGCGUCUGAAGAAGUUUCCAGAGCUGAAGUUUAAAUACGUGGAGGAAGAGCAACCUGAGGAUUUCUUCAUCCCGUACGUCUGGUCUCUGGUGUUUAACUCUGGAGUGGGUCUGUACUGGAACUCUCAGGGCAUCGAGCUUUUCGGCAUGGACUCGCCCUGACGGGACUCGGGGUUCUUCAGGUGUCUGUCUGUGUAAGUGCCUACAUACAGCUCACGCGCCGCAUACUGAACCCCUGAGCUUCCGUCCUCAUCGCACCGCUCGAAGGGCUGCAGCUUCUGCUCCGCCGACAAACACGGACGCAAGUCGCCGGCUGCACUUGAAUUCUUGGACUGGUACGAUUUGGGGUUUCAGCCACAGGUCUGAUGUAGCUACAACACUUCGGUUGAUUGUAAUAAUCAUUUGUUUGUUUGCUUGUUUUUGUUUAUGGGGAAAAUGAGUCUGGACUGACGGUGAACAUUAAUCAUACUUUGACCCCAUUUGGAAUAAUUCUUAAAGGAACAGUUCACUCAAAAAUGAAUUUUUGCUUUAUUUCUUCAUCAGAUUUGGAGAAAUGUAGCAUUCCGUCACUUGCAUUGAGUCAGAACAGCUGAUAAAAACAUCACAAGUAAUCCACACCACACCAAUCCAUCAGUUCACAUCUUUAGAAGCCAAAAGCUGAGUGUUUGUAAGAAACAAAUCCAUCUUCAGGAUGGUUUUGACUUCAAACCAUUGCGUCCAUAAUACGUAAUAGCACUUCCUCCAGUGAAAAAGUCUGAAUCAGGAGAGAAAUCUGCGCAGAGCAAAAAAGUGGGUGGAUUUUAAUGUGAGAGACAACAAAAAAAAGGCAUUUAUACACUGGAGGAAGCUUUAUUAAGGAUUAUAGACUCAUAUUUUAGCAAAAAAUGUCUUAAAGAUGGAUUUGUUUCUUACAAACACACAUCUUUUGGCUUCUCAAGAUGUUAAUUGAUGGACUGGAGUGCUGUGGAUUACUUGUGGGCUAUUGUGAUGUUUUUAUCAGCUGUUUGGACUCUCAUUCUGACGGCACCCAUUCACUUGCUGAGCAAGUGAUGCUAAAUUUCUCCAUCUUGGAUGGUCUGAGGGUGGGUUCAUUUUCAUUUUGGGCAAACUAUUCCUUUAAUGAGCUAAUUGUUGUGCACAUCUUCAUCACAUAUCACUAUAUAUAUAGUAAGUUACAAAUAAAUAAUAUUUCACCAUUUUCGACUUGUUUUAUAGGAUGCUUUGCUGUUUUAAAUUAAUUUAUUUAUUGUCAUCACAUUGUACCCAUAUACUGCCCUUAUAUAAUCUACAUCUGAGCAUCUGCACAAAGAAAAACUAAAACUUAUAUAUAUAUAUAAAAAAUAUAUAUAUACAUACAUACAUAUACAUGCACUCUAAAACUCUAAAAACAACCCAAUGCUGGGUGAAAUAUGGACAAACCCAGCGUUUGGGUUGUUUUGACCCAACACAGCCUUCUGGGUAGUUUUAUUUAACUCAAAUAUUGCUUACAAAUGACUGUAUUUCUUGCUUAAAAUGAACCCAGAAUGGGUUGGAAAUUAACAUUCAUUAAUAUGUUCAUUAAGUAAUAAACAUUUUUUAAUAAUUGCUUAUUAAUAAAUAUUUACCUUUUGAUUGUUGCUAAUCCCUCUAGUAAUUAUGUGCCUGGUUUUUAAUUUUUAAUUUACAACCUAUUUGUUUUUUUAGUGUAACAUCUUGUAUAAAGCAAUACGCUACAUAUCCCAUGAAGCACUGCAAAUGAUACUCAAAAAUGACAGUAGAAUGUGAAAAUAUUGUUGAAAAAAUACAUUAUUUAAAAUUGUGACUCAACCCAGAAUUUCUUGUUUAAAAUUAACCUAAAAUAUAAUGAAAAUUAAUAUGGAUUAUUAUGUUCAAUAAAUGAACAUUGGUUAAUAAGUUCAAUAAAUAAUAAUUAAAUAAUAAAAAAAAAUUAAUUGCUUGAGAAAUAUUCACCUUUUAAUUAUUGCUCAUUCCUCUAGUAAUUAUGUGCCUGUUUUUUUUUUUUUUUUUUUUUUUUAAUUUGCAACCUAUUUGUUUGUUUUUUAGAGUGUAACAUCUUUUAUAAAGCAAUAUGCUACAUAUCCCAUGAAAAACUGACAGUAGAAUGUAAAAAUAUUAUUAAAAA